AUGGGGACACGCGUAGAGAUUUUCACAGUGAAACCCAUCCUGAUGAAUUGUCAAAAUCCUGUAGUCUUCCUAGGCAGGAGGACGGUGGCCACGAAGAAGACAAAAAAGUCGCUGAAGUCGAUCAACUCCAGGCUUCAGCUUGUUAUGAAAAGUGGAAAAUAUGUGGUGGGGUACAAGCAGACUCUGAAGAUGAUCAGGCAAGGCAAAGCAAAGCUGGUCAUCCUCGUCGACAACUGCCCAGCCUUGAGGAAAUCUGAGAUGGAGUACUACGCCAUGUUGGCCGAAACUGGCGUCCAUCAUUACAGUGGCAGUCAUGUUGAAUUGGGCACAGCGUGUGGAGAAUGCUACAGAGUAUGCACACUGGCUGUCGUUGAUCCGGGUGAUUCCAGUAUCAUUAGAAGCAUGCCAGAGCAGACUGGGGAAAACGAAAUCAUGUAAUUUUUUUCUGUAAUAAAACUAGUGACAGCUUGUUAAAAAAAAUCAAGGCAAAUGACCAAUGGAUGAAAAACAGGUUAGUAAGUGGAUCUCUAUGAAAACCAACAGGAAGGCAAAUAGAAAUCCAGGAUCACAACUUUUACGUCUUUCUUUGGCUUAUCUUUAUUCUGCUGCUCACUUAAAUGCAUCAUUUGCAUCUCCUUUUCUCUGUGCCCCCUUUUCCCAAGUUAUAUGACUGAAAGGAAAAAUGGCGUGCGUUGAAAGAGUGAACAUGUGAAAACCAGUGAGAGUCUCAAAGCACAGAUUCUUUGCAGUAGUUUUAGCCAAAAGUAGAAGGCAGAUGCUUGAGAAAGAUAAUAAAAAUACUAGCUCUUUAAAUUCAGCAAGGUGAUGUUAAUGGGCUAUGAGUGUACUGCCUAAGUGGGUCACACCUGUUUAAUGUCUACAAAAAGAACGUUGGGAAGGAUAAAAAUAAGAGUUCUAGUCGUGUUCAGGACUUACACCUCUGAUCUGUUCCCCUGAGUCUGUCAGGUUUCGAGCUCCUUUUCUAUGCUCAGAAGUAUAACAAAUAUAAGAUAGUAUUAAAAAUGGGGUUUUUACAUGCCCCAUGAACAUCCUUUUAAAAUUUAGAUUGAUUUUAAUUCACUCAAAUUGAAUGUGUGCAUAAAUCUUAUAUUUAAAAAAAAAUUCAGUCGGAUAAAAUCCUAAAAAUAUUAUGUUCUGGUCAGGUUGGAUUUUUUUUAUAGUAGGAAAAUGUCUUGAUUCCCUGUACCCCUGGACAUAUUCUAGGGAUCCCUUCCGGCCUAAAUCUCUCCUCAAAUAGUCAUCUCUGUGAAAGGCACUAGAACUUUCUGCUGGGGAAGUACACCAGCUGUUUUCAGUUGGUAACCAGGGAAGUGUUUAUACGAUACAAUAGCAGAAAGUUAUUUUUACAGCCUUAGCAGUGUUCCACUGUGCUCAAAGAGAGAUCCACAGGAAAAACCAACAGAGGCUGUAGUAAGCCAGCUAGCAAGAAUACAGGUAAUCCAGCUAGCAAAAUUACAAGCUGGUGGGCUGGGUGUAACCUGAGAAAAAAAAAAGGUAGGUAGCCAAGUAUAUGUGAACAUAAGGAGCUGACUAGUGAUGGAAUUGGGUUAUCCUAGUAGCUGCUCAAUCAAAGAAAGAGACUUUUCCCUAGGAAGUACAAAAACAAAAACCAAACCUGUUGCCGUUCAGUCGAUUCCAACUCAUGGUGGCCCCGUAUGUUACAGAGUAAAACUG